GCGCAGGGCGCCGGAGCUUGGCUGCUGCCGGAUCGGAGUUGCGGAGGUCGCAGCCGUGCAAUGCAGAGGCUCUAGCAUCGCUGCCGCGCAUCCCGAUCACGAAAUCGUCUCUUCAAGUAAGUCAUCUCUCGAUCUCGAGACAAGGCAUCCAGAUCCAACCUCGACCGCGAUGCGCGGCACCAAACAACGCCGAUUCAUGGCCAUCGGACUCCAGAAUCUCUCCACCUAGCGGCAGCGGCAAGAAAAUUCUCGCUGCCAUUGCCAAAGGGAUCGCUGCUUCGCUCCUUGCGUGGAUCCUCUCAAGCAACCUUCUCGCCUAUGCCGCGGCUGGGGGAGCCGCCGAGUCUUCUUCCAUCGGAGCAUCCGCCCUGGGACUCCGCAUAGCAGAUUAUCUUCGCAGCUCGCGGUGGCCAGACGAGGCAAUCGUCUUUGCGCUCGCGACGCUUCCAGUGCUGGAGCUUCGCGGGGCGAUUCCAGUCGGGUAUUGGAUGCGGCUGAAUCCUCUUCUAGUCUACUGUCUCUCGGUGGCCGGGAAUAUGAUCCCUGUGCCAUUGGUGCUGCUCUACAUGGAACAGUUAACUACGUUUCUCACAGCGAGGAGCUCCAGUGCCAGGAAAGUUUUGGAUUCGAUUUACAAACACACGAGACGCAAGGCCGGGCCUAUCCAGGAAUUUAAGUGGCUGGGACUAAUGCUUUUUGUGGCAGUCCCGUUCCCGGGGACUGGAGCUUGGACAGGUGCCAUGGCUUCUGUGGUUCUGGGAAUGCCAUUCUGGAGUUCCUUCUGGGCAAACUUCUUCGGUGUCGCCAUCGCUGGCAUUCUAGUCAACCUGCUGGUGAGCGUGGGUUUCAACACCGCAUUGCUGGUCGGUGCAGUACUAUUCGCAGCUUCUACAUUCAUGUGGAGCUUUCUCAGAUUCUUGGGAAGGUCGCAACACUGAGGUCAAGCCAAGCGAAAUCCAGCCCCGGAUCUCGCACGCACCGGGGGAUGUCCUCGGGAUCACGGCUCUGGGUGUCAACUUCUUUCUUAUCAUCAGCCGGAGGGAAAGUCUCUUCCGGACGGCUGGACGGGCUUGGCUUGUAGCGCAGCGGCGCUAUCAUUCACCAACAUGAGAAUGUGAGAGAAUGUGAGCAAGCUUCGAUGAACUUGCGACAUUCGCUGUGGAUGCCGCGGGGCUGUCAAGCAGUGUCUCCUCCUCUUCCGGUACACAGGAAGCGUGAACCACUCGAGCAAAGAGAAGAGAGAAAGCAAGAAAAGGAAAAAGUUUUUUUAACACUGACAUGGACGAGGACAGGCACAGUUUUACCGUGACUUAACGGAGGAAUUCGAUCAAGAGAGCUGUCUGCUUGUGGCCCUUGAGCUUUCCCGGCUUAAAAUGCUCGAUGGCAACGUUGUCUCCAAACGCGUGAAAAGGAUCAUACGUCUAUGAUCCGACCGGUGAUGAAAGCGGCAAUUGGUUUCCCAUCGAUGGAUACUUCUUCUCCCAGAGCAGCAUAGCAAGCGAGCGAACGAGCGAAGAAGAAGAAGAAGAAGAAGAGAAACCACUGUCAAAGCCAACCUCCAAAAUUUUCUAGCCGCGGGGUCACUGUGCGCGAAUCAUCUAGCGAACCCCCCGGGAUCCGACGGUCGCGGUCGCCACAACCGUUAGAUGUGCCUGAUCUCAGUCAUGUGUACGUCCGGCGGGCGGCUCCGUACGCUUUGGACACGUGUCAGAGACUGUGCCACGUGGCGGGCUUAAACCCUAAUCCAUGGAGCCCUGGACUAAAAUGAGGAUUUGUUUUGCGGGGCGGAAGGGAUGGAGUCUUCCUAUAAAUGCGGCGAUGGGGAGCUCGUGAGUGCUCAACUACGACCGAGACGACGACGACGACGACGACGACGGGCUUCUAAGGAGGAUUGGAAGCUUUUCCAAUUGGUCUGGAUCUCGGCCACCUCGCAAGAACACUUGUAAGGUUGGAAGCAGACAAAUCCAUCGCCUCUCCUUGGCGCCAUUAGCAGCAAAUCUCCUCCACAUGCUAUAAGUUCGCGAUCAAUCACCAAUCCAGCAAGACGAACGAUCCCACGAACACAUAGAACAACAACGUCGAGAGCUCCCCCUUUACGAUCAUGGCAUGGGCAGCGACGCACAAGGUCGCGCUGGGGAGCAUCGCAUUCGCGGUGUUCUGGAUCCUGGCAGUCUUCCCAGCAGUGCCAUUCCUCCCAAUUGGCAGAACCGCGGGAUCCUUGCUCGGCGCCGCGCUCAUGGUCGUCUUCCAAGUCAUCUCUCCCAACCAGGCCUUCGACGCCAUCGAUCUCCCCAUCCUGGGCCUCCUCUUCGGCACCAUGGUCGUGAGCGUCUACCUCGAGCGCGCCGAUCUCUUCAAGUACCUGGGCUCGGGGCUCUCGUGGCGGAGCCGCGGCCCGAAGGAUCUGCUGUGCCGGAUUUGCGUCCUCUCGGCGCUGAGCAGCGCGCUCUUCACGAACGACACCACUUGCGUGAUCUUCACCGAGUUCGUGCUCAGGCUUUGCAAGCAGCACCGCGUGCCAGUGCUGCCGUACCUCAUGGCGCUCGCCACCAGCUCCAACAUUGGCUCCGCCGCCACCGCCAUUGGCAAUCCGCAGAACCUGGUCAUCGCGGUGGAGAGCAAGAUCUCCUUCUUCAAGUUCCUCGUGGGUGUUCUUCCGGCAAUGGCACUGGGGAUCUUCGUCAACACCGUGCUCCUGCUGCUCUUCUACUGGAAGAGCCUCAAGCCGCUGCCCAAGAUCGAUGAUCGCCACGCCAUCGCCGCUGGAGACGUGGAGAGUGGUGGUGGUGGCAGUGGUGGCGGACAACUUGACAAGCCAGCGGCGAUGAUUCAAAUGCCAGAAGUUGGCGGCGCUGCUCCAAAGGUGGCCGAGCUCCCGGAAGACGAUCACGACCGCGAGCACGACCACGUCAGCCUCGUCCGCGUCCAGCCCCUCGCCGCCAGCCCCUCGAGCUACCAGGAAUCCGGCAAGACCAUCGCCGCCGCGGACGCGGAGAAAACAGAGGAAACAGAGCACGAUCCGCCAAACUGGCUCCACUCCCCGGCAGUGAUCGACGAUCUCCUCCGCCUGGAAUCGCGAAGAAGCUCGAGAAGCUCGAGCUCCUUCCGCCGCUCACGAUCCACGCGGAGCCACGUCCCGGAAGAAUUCGAUGAGGAGGCGGGAGCGCUACCACCACCACCAUCAUCGCCGCCGCUAAAGACAACACGCGCGUCCAGGCUCCGGAGGAAAGUGUGGAAGGUUUGCGUCUACCUCGUCACCCUGGCGAUGCUGGCGGCGCUGCUCUACGGCCUCAACCUCUCGUGGACGGCGCUCACGGCGGCGGUGGUGCUCAUCGUGCUCGACUUCUCCGACGCGGGGCCGUGCCUGGAUCAAGUCUCGUACUCGCUCCUCGUCUUCUUCUCGGGGAUGUUCGUCACGGUGGACGGCUUCAAUCGCACCGGAGCGCCCGGCCAGCUCUGGAAGGCCGUGGAACCCCACGCGCGGAUCGACAGCGUGUCCGGGAUCGCGCUCCUCUCGCUCGUCGUCGUGCUGCUCUCCAACGUCGCGUCCAACGUCCCGACGGUGCUGCUGCUGGGGUCGAGGGUGGCGGCGUCCGCGGCGGCGACGAGCGGCGCGAGCGUGACGCGGGCAUGGCUGGUCCUGGCCUGGGUCAGCACCGUGGCGGGGAAUCUCACGCUCGUCGGCUCCGCCGCCAACUUGAUCGUGAGCGAGCAAGCGCGCCGGGCGGAGAGCGAUAAGUUCAAUCUCUCCUUCUGGAAGCACUUGGCGUUUGGAGUGCCAUCCACAUUCAUCGUCAUCGCGGUCGGGCUCCCUUUGAUCCAAGGCUGACGAGAUGGUGUCAGUGGUCAUAUCAUCGGAUAUCUGUCGAUCGAUCGAUCACUACUCCGUGUAAAAGGAAUCGCGGGGAAGUCUUGGGUUUGAUCGAUUGAUGGAGAUGGACCAAGAAACCAACCAAGUCCACAAGAAAAAAACUCUUUAGUCUAUGACUGAUAGAUAAGUCUCUCCAAACUGCGGGAGCGAUCCAGUAAGAACAAAAAGAAUGAAGAAAAAUGUCUGAAUAUCUCACCAACCUGGAAGAGAGGCUUUGCGGCU